AUGUGGUUAAAGUUCAGCAGGAAGCAUGUCUAUAUGUGCCAUAGAAAGGGUCUGCCACCGUCACAUAGUUAUAGAGGAAAGAAGGCUUGGUUUGACGGAAAAGCAGAACAUGGGAGGAAGGGAAGAAUCUUAACUGGACAGGAAAUUUCCCAAAAUCUGAAGAAUUUCAAGAAUGACUUUGGAAAUUUCAAACAAUCUGCAACUAAGAGAAAAAAACCAGAUAAUGCUAGAGGAAGCUUUGACAGUGAGGAGAGUGGUUCGGAGGAAGAAGAAGAUGAGGAAGUACAAGUAGACAAGGAGGAAUUAUCAAGAUGGAAGAAGAGGUCUAUCUUUCUCAAGCUACCUUACUGGGAGGAAAUCCCUGUACGACAUAACUUAGAUGUCAUGCAUGUUGAGAGAAAUGUGGCAGCAAGUAUUGUGUCUACGUUGUUACAUUGUGGGAAAUCAAAAGAUGGCAUUCAAGCUAGAAAGGAUUUGGAGAAUUUCGGUAUUAGGAAGGAUUUGCAUCCUUGCACCCAAGGGAAAAUGACUUACCUUCUUGCGGCUCCAUGGACGCUAUCUAAGACAGAGAAGAAAGUCUUCUUUAGGCGGCUUUUUGACUUCAAAGGCCCUGACGGCUAA